GCAGAAGAAGAAUUGAGUCCAUUGCGAAGAGAAUGAAUUAAUAUUAAUGUGAAUACCAAUCUCAAUCAAAUCACAUCUCGACGUCUCUCCUACACCCACGUCCUAACCAUUUCUCGGGAUUUGAUCCAAACCCCUCCCCACUUCUUUCGAGAAAGACUUUUGAACGACAUCAUCGACUGACACCUUAUUAACGACCCAUUUUCACGAAAACGUAACGUACGAUUGAGUGGGAAGUACAACAAAACUCCAACAAAACUCCAUCAACUACAAAUACCGAAGCACAAACAAGCAGCAUAAUCAAGAAGAACGAUCAAUCUACCUCUGCAAAGCUUCUUGCGAGAAUUAAUCUCUACAUUACCCCUCCAUUCAAUCUUCACCCUGCAAGUAAAUAGCUUGCCGCAAAAGAAUUCUAUCCACCCCGCCCAAUCUAACACAGCUAUACGUAAAAUAUGAAGAUUCUUACCAAGGAAGAAGAGGCUGCGCAUUACAAUGCUACGUUAAAGGGUGGUUUCACGGGAGGCUUUGUUGGUCUCGCAGUGGGCGGUGCCGCACUUUAUGUAGCCAACAGACGAUUCCACACCAUCCGCAGUCUUACCAUCCCCAUGAAAAGUUUCCUCGUCUCAUCCUCCGGUACCUUCGCUGCUAUCAUAAGCGCAGAUCGCGCAUCUCGCUCAUACGAAUGGAAUCGCGACCCCUCGCGAAAGUACAAAGACAAAUCAACGCUCCUUCUCGAACAAGAGAAGGCCAGUGAAACUACUGCUCAGCGCCUCAAGGCAUGGGGAAAAGAAAACCGAUACUCGAUUGUUACCGCAUCGUGGGUCGCCAGUAUGGGAAUCGCGUUUGGGAUGGUGUCCAAAAAUAAAUAUUUGACUGGCGCCCAGAAAUUGGUACAAGCAAGAGUUUAUGCGCAAGGGCUGACGUUGGCUGUAUUGGUUGCAUCAGCGGCAUUCGAGAUGGGAGAUGCGAAGAAGGGAACAGGAAGGUGGGAAACGGUUACGGUGUUGGAUCCAAACGAUCCGGAACAUAAACAUUUGAUCCAGAAAAAGAUUCACCACGAAGCUUAUGAAGGAGAAGAUUUAUGGCGUGAUAUGGUGGAAGCUGAAGAGCGCCGCAUUAAUGAACGUAAGAGAUUGGCGGAAGAAAGAAACCACUCCUCAGGGAAAACAUCCUCGGGCAAAGAAAACAAAGAUAAAAUCUCUAGUGAAAUGAAGAGUGCUGGAAAGGUAGCAUUUGCAGAUGCCCAAGAAAGAGAAGAUAAGAACCAAGCUGAGCAAGCUGAAAAGGAAGCGGAUGCAAAACACGAGUCUACACAGUCUGAACCAAAAGUAAAUGGUAAAAACAAGAUCUAAAAAUGGAGUGUUUGGCAAUCGAAUCCUUUGGUGUUUUAUACGGGCAUUCAAUGGCGCGCUGAGUGAUUUUGGGAUGAUAGAUGGGGGUUAAUUAAAAAGGGGGGUGUUUGGAGAAGGGGUCGAGUAAUUUUGUAUAUACUCCGGUUCUUGUAUCAUUAGAAUGGCAAACAAACAUGUCUCUCA